UUGGCUGGUGUGAAAGCGGGCGGAAGUCACUGCCUGGUUUUGUCCCUACCCCGGCUGGGAAAAAAACGGGGUAGUGUCGAAUAACUGAGGUAAAAAGAACAGGCACUUCGUGUUUCGAGUGAAGGUGAAGUUAUAACGUUAAAGGUGGAUUUAAGAGCAGUACAAGGAUUUAUUUUAGCGGCCUACUGCAGAACAACGAGCACGAAUGAUGGAGGUAAUGAGCAUAAUGUGCGCCCUGCUGCUGUGGACCAGCCUGGCCCACGGGAAGCCCAUGGCGAGAAAAGAGCGAGUGCUUCAUGAAAAAGACCUGAACAAGAGAACCCAGGAGGACAACAACAGCUUCCAGUACGACCACGAAGCCUUCCUGGGCAAAGAGGAGGCCAGGACAUUCGACCAGCUCACCCCGGAGGAGAGCAAGGACAGACUCGGUAAAAUAGUAGAGCGGAUCGACAGCGAUUCCAAUGGCUUCAUCACCACUGAUGAGCUCAAAGCGUGGAUAAAACGUGUCCAGAAGCGUUAUGUGUAUGAGAACGUGGCAAAGGUUUGGACAGAUUAUGACCUUAACAAAGACAACAAGAUCUCCUGGGAAGAAUACAAGCAAGCCACAUACGGUUACUACCUCGCUAAUCCAGAAGAGUUUGAUGAUGCAACUGACCAGUUCAGCUUCAAGAAGAUGCUUCCACGUGAUGAGAGGAGGUUCAAAACAGCUGAUGGGAACGGUGACUCGGCGGCAGACAGAGAAGAGUUCACUGCCUUCCUGCAUCCUGAGGAGUUUGACCAUAUGAAGGACAUUGUGGUGCAGGAAACCCUGGAGGACAUUGACAAAAACGACGACGGACAUGUGGACGAGGACGAGUAUAUUGCUGACAUGUUUGCGCACGAGGACGGCGGCCCAGAACCAGACUGGGUCAGAACCGAGAGGGAUCAGUUCUCCGACUUCAGAGAUUUGAACAAGGACGGUAAAAUGGACAGGGACGAAAUCCGCCAAUGGAUAAUGCCGCAAAACUACGACCACGCCCAGGCAGAGGCCCGACACCUGGUGUACGAGUCUGACCAGGACAAGGACCAGAUGUUGACCAAAGAGGAGGUCCUGGAGAACUGGAACAUGUUUGUAGGAAGUCAGGCCACCAACUAUGGAGAGGACCUCACUCGUAACCACGAUGAGCUCUGAGUGCUCGCCUCAACCUCUUUCGUGGGUGUUUGAGGUAGAAUUUGGUUGUUGAAAGACACAAUCAGUUGAAAGACUAUCAGCACAGAUAAGAAAUGAAUGGGGGGGGCUGUUGAGUGGCACUUUUCACAAACAAAAUACAGUAAGGUCCUGAAGUGUCAAUGAAGCGUUCUGUUUCUGACAUUCAGAAGCAGAAAGAAGACUUUUCUUUGCAGCGACGGUGCCUUCCCUUUUAUCCACCGCCUCACAACUGUUUGAUGCUAACUUUUUGACAAUAACCUUAAUGUGAAGCUGCAGCUCCAUGAACUGAUUUUAUUUAUUUUCAGAGCGUUGUAAAGUGUACUGAAAAAAAAGUUUUUAAUGUUCGGUAGUAUCUCUUUUUAGUUUAGCUGACUUAACCAUGUUUGUAGUCUAUUUAUUUUUCACUUGUGUCCAAUUAAACAAAUUGUUAAUGCUGUGUUUCUAAAAUAAGUAAUUGAAGUAUUACAAACAGUAAAUUAUAAGUGUCCCGAUCGCCGUCCUACUUAGCAAUGUCUCCACUUUGACUUUUUAACUCCUUUAACAUCAAGAGUAAAUGGAUGCCGUUGUCAGCGCUCAGCUCCGAUCGUCGUCUACACACUCGCUCACGUAGAGAUGCAGAGCGGAGCUGACUGGCUCUUGCUGCUGGCUGUUGCGGUCCAAAACUGCACAGUGUAAUUGAGAAAGCGUCUCCGCCACCCAGCGUGUCCCCUCUGCCUGUUCAUGUGGAACAUAUGGAUAUAUGUGUGCCACUUAACAAGACAAGUCAAGCGGGACCAAUGCGAUAAAGCUCAUUAGGAACAAGGGGACAGGACGAUGCAUGUGUUGUUCUGCUGCAAUGUAGGAGGGAUGUGCCAACACACGUGAGCAGUGUCUGCUACCUUAGAUCUCUUUUUCUUUGGACUCUUUGGAAUUCAGAAGACUAGUGUGUAAAUAAAUAUGAUUGAUUUACAAUAAUGUGAAACUA